CAGUAACUACAGCUACAACUUUUGAAUAACUUGCAGACAAAGCCCGCUCCAAUUGCGGCGUUCCCCAAAUGCAAAGCAGAAAAACAAAUUUAUCUCAGCCCUUUCCCGCCCUCCUCUCGACUUCUACUUGGCUCUGGAUGCUCGCUGCCGGCUUUCGCACAAUUCCGCUAUCGACAUCAUCAAGUUUGCUAAGACUUCAAUUCCCUGCUCGUUCUUUCUCUUCCUCUUCUUUUACUCUCAGCAAAAUGGUUCUCAAUCCCGAAGCCUGGCCCGCUCAGAAGGUCCGCCAGACCUUCCUCGACUACUUCAUCAAGAAGCGCGACCACACCUUCGUCCCUUCCUCAUCUGUUAUUCCCUACGAUGAUCCGACUUUGCUCUUUGCCAAUGCUGGCAUGAACCAGUACAAGUCUAUCUUCCUCGGCAAAGUCGAUCCCUCGUCCGACUUUGCGAAGCUCAAGCGUGCCGCUAACUCGCAAAAGUGUAUCCGUGCUGGUGGCAAGCACAACGAUCUUGAGGAUGUUGGCAAGGACAGCUAUCACCACACAUUCUUCGAGAUGCUUGGCAACUGGUCCUUUGGUGACUACUUCAAAAAAGAGGCAGUUGCCUGGUCAUGGGAGCUUUUGACCGAGAUCUACGGCAUCGACCCCAACCGUCUCUACGCGACUUAUUUCGGCGGUGACGAAAAGACCGGUCUCGAGCCCGACUACGAAACCAAGCAGCUCUGGAAAGACAUCGGCUUGCCCGAAGAUCACAUCCUUCCCGGUUCGCUCAAGGAUAACUUCUGGGAGAUGGGCGACCAGGGUCCAUGCGGCCCUUGCUCCGAGAUCCACUACGACCGAAUCGGCGGCCGCAACGCUGCUCACUUGGUGAACAUGGACGACCCGAACGUGCUCGAGGUCUGGAACAACGUCUUUAUCCAGUUUAAUCGCGAGGCGGACGGAAGCCUGCGUUUGUUACCCAACAAGCACGUCGAUACUGGUAUGGGCUUUGAGCGUCUUGUUUCUGUCCUGCAGGACAAGCUUUCGAACUACGACACCGAUCUGUUCACGCCGCUCUUUGACAAGAUCCAGGAGCUUACCGGUGCCCAUCCGUACACCGGCAAGUUUGGCGACGAGGACGUCGACGGAAUCGACACCGCGUACAGAGUUGUCGCGGACCACGUGCGAACGCUGACGUUUGCUCUUUCGGAUGGUGGCGUGCCCAACUCUGAUGGCCGCGGGUACGUGCUUCGUCGGAUUUUGCGUCGCGGUGCGCGGUACGUGCGAAACAAGUUCAACACCGACAUUGGCAAUUUCUUUUCGCGCCUCGCUCCUACGUUGAUUGAGCAGAUGCGGGACAUUUUCCCCGAGCUGGAGAGCCGUAUUAAGGACGUGCAGGAGAUUCUUGACGAAGAAGAGUUGUCGUUUAGACAGGCGUUGACUAAGGGCGAGGAUCUUUUCCAGAAGAUGAUGAGCCAGGCGCGUGAGCAAGGCACGAACCAUAUCAACGGAGUGGGCGUGUGGCGGUUGUACGACACCUAUGGAUUCCCGGUUGAUCUUACGCGGUUGAUGGCGGAGGAGAACGGGUUUACGAUUGACGAGGAGGAGGUGGCGGCAGCUCAGGCGGAGUCGAAGGAGAAGAGUAAGGGAGGCAAGAAGGGUACGGAUGGCAAGGAAGAAGUUAUUCUUGGCGUUCACGACAUUGCCGCUCUUGAGAGCAAGGGAGUUGCAAAGACGGACGACCAUUUUAAGCACGACCGUGGCGAGCUCGAAGGUGUGAAGGUGUUGGCUAUUUUCAGCGGGAAGGAGUUUAUCGAAAACACCGAGAGCCUGAGCUCUGCGACUGACCGGAUUGGAAUCUUGUUGGACAAGACGAACUUUUACGCCGAGCAAGGUGGACAGACGUUUGACACUGGACGGAUUGUGAUUGAUGGCCAGUCCGAGUUCAAGGUUGAGAACGUCCAGCUUUACGGAGGAUAUGUGCUGCACACGGGAUAUGUCGCGUACGGCGGACUGAAGGUUGGAGAUGUAGUGAGCGCGGAGUACGACGAGCUGCGCCGCUGGCCGAUCCGGAACAACCACACGGGAACGCAUGUGCUUAACUUUGCACUGCGGGCGACGCUUGGCGACGGAGUUGACCAGAAGGGCUCGCUUGUUGCGCCGGACCGGUUGCGGUUUGACUUUUCGCACCGGAGCGCGAUGACGACGGAGCAGGUGAGCAAGACGGAGGACAUUGCGACGCAGGAGAUCAAGCGCGGGCUUGCGGUGUACGCGAAGGAAGUUCCGUUGAAGCUCGCGCGGGAGAUUGUGGGUGUGCGAGCGGUGUUUGGCGAGACGUAUCCUGAUCCGGUGCGGGUUGUGUCUGUGGGAGUUCCGGUUGAGGAGUUGCUUGCGGACGCGAAGAACGAGGCGUGGAUGGGGUACUCUGUCGAGUUUUGCGGCGGCACGCACGUGAAGACGACUGCGGAUAUCAAGGAGAUGAUUAUUGUUGAGGAGUCUGCGGUUGCGAAGGGCACGCGACGGAUUGUCGCGGUGACGGGUAACGAGGCGUAUGAGGUGCAGCGGAUUGCGAAGGAGUGGUCUGCGAGACUUGAUGCGCUUGAGCGGAUGAGCUCGGGAGUUGCGAAGGAGGCGGAGGCGAAGACGGUUGGACCUGCGCUGAACAACUUGAGUAUUUCUGUUGUGAAGAAGGCGGAGUUGAAGGAGCGGUAUGCGAGUAUUUUGAAGAAGGUGACGGAUGAGACGAAGGCGCGGCAGAAGGCGGAGGCGAAGAAGGCGGUUGAGCUCGUGAGUGAGUACUUUUCUGCGGAGAAGGGCGAGAGCAAGCCGUACCUUGUGGCUGCGGUCCCGGAGAUUGGAGCGAACCCGAAGGCGAUCACGGAGGCGAUGGCGUAUGUGCGCAAGAGUCAGCCGGACAAGGCGGUGUAUUUGUUUGCGAGUACGGGGGAUGGGGACGAGGAUGCGAAGGUUGCGCAUGGUGGGUAUGUGUCUAAGGAGGCAGGGUUCAGUGCGAUGGAGGUUGGCAAGGUUGUUGCAGAGGUUGUGGGUGGCAAGGCGGGAGGCAAGGAUCCUACAGUGCAGGGAGUUGGUACUGAGGUUUCGAAGAUUGAGGAGGCUGUUGCGGCGGUUGAGAAGCUGUUUAAGGAGAAGAUGAGUUUGUGAUUGCUAGCAGCUAUAUAAGAGAUACAAGAUAUAAGAGAAGUUA